CUUUUAUGUCAAUAAAACAAUAAGAACUUAAAGAAAAAAAGUCUGAGCAAUGCCGGCCUACCACUCGGAAAUCGUAGAGUUCCAUGGAACAGUGGGCAAUAUGGCAAUUUUACCAUUACGCACCCAAGUCCGGGGACCAGCGCCGAACGUUGAUAUAGCCAACGAUAUCAUCGAUGAAUCAUUGUACUAUUGGAAAUCAAAUAUAUUCUUUAGUACAUACGAAGUUAAGUCGGAAGUGGACCGUGUUCUUAUCUACAUAACGUUGUACAUAACCGAAUGUUUGAAGCGCUUGACUCGCUGCUCAAGCAAGGCCCUGGGUCAGCAGGAGCUCUACACUCUGGCCAUAUCACGUUUCGAUCUGCCAGGUGAUCCGGGAUUCCCCCUGAACUCCAUAUAUACACGUCCCGAGGAUCCGGAAAAGAUGCGUCAGUACAUACUCCAGUUGCGCCAAGAGACGGGUCUCCGGGUGCUCGAAAAGGUCUUCAAUACGCCAGAUGACAGGCCCAGCAAAUGGUGGACCUGUUUCGCCAAGAAGAAGUUUAUGGGAAAAAGCUUGACGGGACCGGGAAUGUGAGAUAUCCUUCAAGGAGGAAACUAAAUUUUGUGUUCAGUAUCACUUAUAAAAAGACUUGUUUUUUUUUAUCGAAACCCAACAA